AUGGCCGCGGCGGCGAUGGGCCUGGUGCGUGAGCUCCUGCGGCGGCAGGGAAUCACGGGCACCCGCCGGCACUGCGGCACGGCCGUGGGCGUGGCGGCGGGAUUCCUGAGCGCCGCGACCGUCGCGUCGGCGUCCGACGGCGGCGGCGCCUGCCCGGCCUACCCGUGGUCACCACAGGACGGGGCGCGGGGCGGGCACAAGGUGUUCAUGCAGCACGACUGCGCGGCGUGCCACUCCGGCCUGCCGUACGCCGGCCUCGCCGACGAGGCCCUGGCGGCCGGAGGCGAGGUGGAAGCCAAGGCGGCCGAGAUCGUCGUCGUCCACGAGCACGAGGAGGCGGCGCCGGCGCCGACGCUCCACGGCGGCGCCUGCCCGCCGGACCUCUCCGUCAUCACCAAAAUGCUGGAAGGGCUGCGCCGCGGCAACCUGUACAACGCCGACGAGAUCAAGAAGCGGGUGGCGCUGCCUUCUCCUGUCUGGCUGCAGUUUCUUCAGCCGUACAUGAGGAUUCCCCAGGCAGCCUGA